UGAUGAAAACGUGUUACUGAUCCUGUUCUGCAAUAAUCAGACGAAUCUGAUUUGGGACAUUUGAUACAUUCUUUGGAAUAUCGACAAGCCGACAGUUGCCAUUACGCACGAAACUCAUUUAUCCGACCUUCAUUUUCCGUUUGAUUGCUUGAGGAACAAACGACUAGUUUAGAAAUGGUGCGCUUGCAAUAAUACAGGGGCUGAAUUACAACAACUUCUAUGCCCAUUACAAACGAGGAUACGCUCCGGAAAGUCAAGCUGCGCAAAAAAACUUCGGAAGAGAUUUCAGAGAGUGUUGGUCUACACUUUUGGUGAAUUGCAACUUCUGAGGACCAGUUUGAUACCCAGAAAGAUCACAAGAUACGGUUGGUCUCUUGAACGACGAUUUGACAUUCCUGCAGUGGCCAAGUUAAGCUCUAACGUAGCCACCUGAUGGUUGCUAAGACGGGUUAAACUGUAUCUUCAGGGAGUUGGAAAAUCCAACUUUUUCCAUACGGAUCAACUCAUUGGGUGGGAGCAGCAAGAGAGACAAGAGUCCCCAGCAAAUCAGCGGCUAAUUGAUUAAAGAGACUUCAUUUGAAUAGGGUGCUGGCAAGGUGCCAAUCGCCUUUCAGAGGACCCUCCUUCCCAUGAUUAAUCGCGAGGCAUUAUUGAUAAUCAUAACAGGACACAUGCGCGGUGGAUGGGCUCGAUUUCCGUAAUUUUGAGCAGAUUUGAUAGUAAUUUUUUAUUCUUUCGUGGCUGAUGCGUGAGCCAGCAUGUCACGGAGGAAACAAGCGAAGCCGCAGCAUUUCCAGUCCGACUCGCAGCUGGUCCUAACGGAGCACAAUGGGGACACAGAGGCCAACUCCGACGGUUCCCCAUGCAAAGACUCGGAUGCCCAAGUCUGCACCAAAUGUUGUGCUGAGUUCUUUGAACUAUCAGAUCUUGAACGACACCAGAAGAAUUGCACUAAUACUCAAUUCAUUCUAAUUGUGAAUGAAAAUCCAGUUUCUCCUUCCAGAACCAUCUCCCCAGGCUCCUCUCCUCAUAAUCCUGAUGAGCAGGUGAAUGACACAACUAAUAACACAGAUCAAGCAGAGUUAGCAGACCUUUUGGAGCAGAACGAACUUGACAAAGAAGAGGCCAUGGACACAGAAAUAUCAGGAGUCUCUUCUACACAUAAUGAUGGAUGUGGAAGUAUGGCGGGUGGCAGCCCACUUAGUGGUGCUGGAAGCAGUCACGGAAAUCUGGGCAGCACUGGGUCUAAUCUGGUGAACUCUUCCGUCUCCGCCUCACUACCUCCACUGGGCAAUUUGACAGAGCUGGGCAAUUUUUCCAUAAUCAACAGCAAUGUAAUAAUUGAAAACCUACAGAGCACCAAAGUGGCUGUGGCUCAGUUCUCUCAAGAGACAAGAUCAGCCGGAGGGCAGGGGGUGGCUGUGCCACCCCUUAUGGAGCAACUCUUGACCCUACAGCAGCAGCAGAUCCAUCAGCUACAGCUUAUUGAGCAGAUCCGUCACCAAAUUAUUUUGCUAGCCUCCCAGUCACCAGAGCGCCAAGUACCACCUAGUUCUUCUCCUGUGACUUUAGGUUCAGGUGCUAGCCCACUAACAACCCUUAGUUCCCAUUUGUCCCAACAGUUGACUGCUGCUGCAGGGCUAGCACAAAGUAUAGCUAGCCAGUCUGCAAAUAUUAGCAGUUUGAAACAGAUGGCUAACGUUGUGCAGCUACCUCAAAGCAAUUCCGGUGUGGGAGACUCAUCUCAAAGCCUUAGAGCACCGGGGGUAGAUACAGUUAAUGCCCAACCUUCGGACAAGAGGCCAGGCAAUACAGUAAGCUUGCAUCCUCAGUUGGGAAACCCAUCACUUGCAAAGUCAUCCACACCAGCCUUUGGGAUGGGAAGUCUUUUGAAUCCUGUGGCUAAUACCCUUCUACCUCAGCCCCCACAAUGCAACACAAUGUUUUCCAGUGCACUACCCAGUGUUGGUACCACAGUUGAGGAACUCAACUCACUGGCUGAGCAAAGAAAAGGCAAGCCACCCAAUGUCACCUCAUUUGAACCGAAGAAUAGUUCUGAGGAUUCAUUUUUCAAACAUAAGUGCAGGUUUUGUUGCAAAGUGUUUGGCAGUGACAGUGCAUUGCAGAUUCACUUACGUUCUCAUACAGGUGAGAGACCAUACAAGUGCAACAUCUGUGGCAACCGCUUUUCAACCCGUGGCAACUUAAAGGUUCAUUUUCAGCGUCAUAAAGAAAAGUAUCCACACAUUCAAAUGAACCCUUACCCUGUUCCAGAGCAUUUAGACAAUAUUCCAACAAGUACUGGCAUUCCCUAUGGGAUGUCUAUGCCUCCUGAGAAGCCAGUUACUAGCUGGCUGGAUAGUAAGCCUGUUCUGUCUUCUCUGACAUCUUCUGUUGGCAUGUUGCUUCCACCAACUUUGCCAAGUCUGCCUCCAUUUAUUAAGAAGGAAGAGCAUAACACAGUGUAUAUAAGUAGUCCUUCUCAUUCUGCUAAAAGUGAAUCAGGUCCAGUUGAUGUGCACACAAAUAUUACAGAUAGUGUGUCAGAAGAAGGUGAGAGCACAAACCUGCCUACCUCAAAUGGAAAAACUGAAGAAAACAACCGAUCUUCUAGUUUAAUGACCAAUGUAAACUCUGCAGGAGAUGGCAUAAUUGAGUACACCACCUCCAACAGCCCUCCAAUGGCCACUAAUCCAUUAAUGCCUCUCAUGUCAGAGCAGUUCAAAGCUAAGUUUCCUUUCGGAGGUCUCCUUGAUCCUCUCCAAGGCUCAGAAACAUCCAAACUUCAACAACUAGUUGAAAACAUUGACAGGAAGGUGACAGACCCCAACGAAUGUGUUAUCUGUAACCGUGUUCUUAGUUGCCAGAGCGCACUGAAAAUGCACUACCGCACCCACACCGGGGAGAGGCCUUUCAAAUGUAAAGUGUGUGGUCGUGCCUUCACCACCAAGGGCAACUUGAAGACUCAUUACAGUGUCCAUCGAGCUAUGCCGCCACUGAGGGUUCAGCACUCUUGCCCUAUAUGCCAGAAAAAGUUCACAAAUGCUGUGGUACUGCAGCAGCACAUCCGUAUGCACAUGGGUGGCCAGAUCCCCAACACACCUCUACCUGACAGCUACCCAGAAUCCAUGGGCUCUGAUGCUGGAUCAUUUGAUGAGAGAAACUUUGAUGAUCUUGACAACUUCUCUGAUGAAAACAUGGAGGGAAUUGAGGAUGGACCAGACAGCAGCAUCCUGGGCACACCAAAGUCAGCUGAUGCAUCUCAAGACAGUCUCUGUUCAUCUCCUACUCCACAGGAGUCAUCAGGCAUGGAGAGCCAGGAGAAGAGUGCUAUCCACGGAGCAGGAGAUGAAGUACAGUUAGGGCAAGAAAGGCCAAUGGAGAAUGGAUUAAUGGAUGCAGACAGACUCACAAAUUACUCCUCUUCACUUGGAGGUGAUAUUGAAAGCCAAAGUGCCGGAAGUCCUGCUGUCUCUGAAUCUACCUCUUCAAUGCAAGCUCCAUCGCCCUCUAAUGGUAUUAACCAACAACAAAAAUCUCAGACUCUGGAAGAUUGCCAGCAGAAGGCAUUGUCAUUGGAGCACAUUAGUGCGGGUUUUAUGCAGUCUCAUGCUGCCAGUCCUGGAGCUCUGGAUCUUACUUCAAUUAACCCAUCUAAUGAUCCUCUUAGUAUUCUUUUCCCCUUCCGUGAGCGAGGCACCUUGAAGAAUACAGCAUGUGACAUUUGUGGGAAGACAUUUGCCUGCCAGAGUGCCUUGGACAUCCACUACCGAAGUCAUACCAAAGAGAGGCCGUUCAUUUGCACAGUAUGCAACCGGGGCUUCUCUACUAAGGGGAACUUAAAGCAACAUAUGCUGACACACCAGAUGCGAGAUCUGCCCUCUCAGCUCUUUGAGCCCAACAACAGUCUUACCUCCAGCCCUCCUCCAUCCCUUCUCUCUGUUGGACCUUUGUCCUCCAUGAUGAAGAUUGAAGUCAAUGGCUUUUUACAGGGUCUUCAACCUGAUGUAAAAGACUUGCCAUCGGGACUGGUGACCUCAUCUGCUUCCACUUCUCCAGUGCUUUCGGCUGCCCCACCACGGAGGAUGCCUAAGCAGCACUACUGUAACACCUGUGGCAAGACAUUUUCGUCCUCCAGUGCCCUACAGAUCCAUGAGAGAACCCAUACUGGAGAGAAACCCUUUGCUUGCACCAUCUGUGGACGAGCUUUCACCACCAAAGGAAAUCUCAAGGUGCAUAUGGGUACCCACAUGUGGAACAGUGCUCCUGCUCGCCGUGGUCGCAGACUUUCAGUAGAUGGCCCCAUGGCUUUCCUGGGCACAAACCCUGUAAAGUUCCCUGAGCUCUUCCAAAAGGACCUAAAUGGCAGGGCUUGCAAUGGAGAUCCAACAAGCUUCUGGAAUCAGUAUGCUGCCGCAUUCUCUAAUGGCCUGGCUAUGAAGACUAAUGAGAUUUCUGUGAUCCAGAAUGGAGGGCUGCCACCUCCAUUGUCAGGAAUUGUAGGCAAUAGGGGUAGUUCUCCGAUCAGAGGCUUGACAGGCAGCAUGGAAAAGCUGCAUAACUCUGAGCACAAUCCCGCUCUGGCGGGCCUAGAGAAAAUGGCCAACAACGAAAACGGGGCUCACUUCCGCUUCACACGCUUCAAGGAGGAAAAGGAGAUUGUGACCAACUAGAAAAUAUUUUUGUUGUACUUAUGAACAAACAAACGCAAUCUUUUACAGGCACACACGUGCCCCUGUAUUUGCAUCAAAGAAACAGGAAAGCAAGAAAAAAAACUGUAUCAGCUUUUGCUUGCCAUUAAGUCUUCAUGAAGAGUUUGAAAAGAACAUGCUUUAUUGUACAAUGUACAACAUGUUAUAGUUUCACUGAGCUUAUUUAUUACUAAUUAUAACCUUGCUUGAAAAACAAGUGGAAAUAUUAACAGUUACUUAGUUUUUAAUGUUAUUUUCUGUAUGAGUAUUUUAAAGUGUGUUUUUGAAACUUAGCUUUUCUUCGUAGAAGACUACCAUGGCAUUAAAUUAUUUUUUUUCUGUAGUAUGUGUUAAUAACUUGAUGUUCAUGUAACGAUUUAGAGCUUAAAAAGUGCAACAUAAGGCUGUAAAUAUGUACACCUAUCUGCUAGAUGGUUUACAAGCUGUGUAGUAAAGAUUUCUUGAAAUAUCAACAUUUCAUCAAUCCAGGGGCAUAGUUCAGUCCUUUACUUGUCUUAAAAGUUUGAAAAAGAGAAGGGUUUUCACCUCAGCUGUUUCUUUUAGACCUAGUAUUUUUCUCUGAAUUAUUUUUAUUAAGCUUUUUACUACGUUCAGUUUUCACUUUUUAUUUAUGCAUUCAGAAUACAAUGAAUAAACGUUUGUUAGAUGAGAGAAGGCCAUCAAGAGGUCCACACUCUCGGGCUAUGAAAUGAGAGGGGGGAAAAAAUUGAAAUGCCUUGUGUGUUAUCUUUGAGAUUUCAAUUUGCUGGGCUUUCAAAUUGCUGCUAAGUAAUAGCAUCUUCGUUUGACAUCAUGCAAAUCGUGUGUUGACACGCCCUAUACAUAUUUUGUCACAUGUGGAGCAACAAAUUUCUUUACAAUUGUACAUAGUCUUACUCGAAGACAAAGUCCAUCUGUGUCAGGGACAAA